AUGUCAGCGUCGUCUCCUAGCAAAAUCAGCGCCUCUUGGCGACAAGGUCUGCGCUUAAGUCAUAUUGGCUGCGACAAAGGCGGCAGUCUAGACGUCCCGCCCGUGGUGACGUACCGGCAUCUCCUCUCUGCAGGCUCGCUCCACCCAACCAACCCGCUACGCGUGAUUGCGCACUGUGAUGUCGAUGCAGCCUACGCGCAAUUCGAGGCAAAGCGCCUGGGACUCGAUGCACGCGAGGUGCCAUUGGCUGUCCAGCAGUGGGAUGGGUGCAUCGCGAUCUCCUAUCCCGCCAGGAGCUUUGGCAUAUCUCGACUCGACACAGUGGCGACUGCGCUUGAAAAAUGCCCUAGCCUACGCUUGGUCCACGUCGCCACGUAUGCCGAGGGACAGGAUCAAGCCGAAUAUAACAUGGACCCUCGCCCAGACACCCACAAAGUUAGCCUCGAUCCGUACCGUCGAGAGAGCAAGAAGAUACUCGCCGUCUUCAAGCAGACUUGUCCCAACAGUGCGGUCGAAAAAGCAUCGAUCGAUGAAUCUUACUUUGAUCUGACCAUAGAAGUCCGCAAGCUGAUGCUUGAACGGUAUCCG